UCUGGCUGUCCAGCCAUGGCCCGCUUGCUCCGGGCUGCGACCUGGGGGCUGUUCCCUUGGAGGGACUACUGCUCUAGGGCGACGCAGGCUGAAGUCAGCAAGGACUUUGUGGAGGCCCUGAAGGCAGUGGUGGGGACUCCCCACGUGUCUACUGCCUCUGUGGUCCGAGCACAGCAUGGGCAGGAUGAGUCGAAGCACAGGUGCCGCCCUCCAGAUGCCGUGGUAUGGCCGCAGAAUGUGGACCAGGUCAGCCAAGUGGCAGCCUUGUGCUAUAGCCAAGGUGUGCCCAUCAUCCCAUUUGGCACAGGCACUGGGCUUGAGGGUGGCGUCUGUGCUGUGCAGGGUGGCAUCUGCGUUAAUCUGACCCAUAUGGACCGAAUCCUGGAGCUGAAGCCAGAAGACUUCUGUGUGGUGGUACAGCCUGGAGUCACUCGCAAAACUCUUAAUACCUACCUUCGGGACAGUGGCCUCUGGUUUCCUGUGGACCCUGGUGCAGAUGCCUCUCUCUGUGGCAUGGCAGCCACUGGGGCCUCGGGCACCAACGCAGUACGCUAUGGCACCAUGCGGGAAAAUGUGCUCAACCUGGAGGUGGUGCUGCCUGACGGGCGACUGCUUCACACGGCAGGCCAAGGCCGCUAUUUCCGGAAAAGUGCGGCCGGCUACAACCUCACGGGGCUCUUUGUGGGCUCCGAGGGGACACUGGGCCUCAUCACAGCCACCACCCUACGCCUGCACCCUCUCCCUGAGGUCACGAUGGCUGCUACCUGCGCAUUCCCCACUGUCCAGGCUGCUGUGGACACCACCGUACACAUCCUCCAGGCUGCAGUGCCCGUGGCCCGAAUUGAGUUCCUGGAUGAAGUUACAAUGGAUGCCUGCAACAGAUACAGCAAACUGAACUGCUCCGUGGCGCCCACACUCUUCCUCGAGUUCCAUGGCUCUGGGCAGGCGCUGGCAGAGCAGGUGCAGCAGGCAGAGGAGAUAGCUCAACACAACGGAGCCUCCCACUUCUCCUGGGCCAAAGAGGCUGAGGAGCGCAGCCAGCUCUGGGCAGCGCGGCACAAUGCCUGGUAUGCUAUCCUGGCCCUGCAGCCAGGCUGCAAGGGCUAUUCCACCGACGUGUGCGUGCCCAUCUCUCGGCUGCCAGAGAUCAUGGUGCAGACCAAGGAGGACUUGAAGGCCUCAGGACUCACAGGAGCCAUUGUUGGGCAUGUGGGUGACGGCAACUUCCACUGCAUCUUGCUGAUCAACCCAGAUGACUCUGAGGAGCUCCAGAGGGUUGAGGCUUUUGCAAAACAGCUGGGCAGGCGGGCUCUGGCUCUGCAUGGGACAUGCACUGGAGAGCAUGGCAUUGGACUGGGCAAGCGGCAGCUGCUGCAGGAGGAGGUGGGCACCGUGGGCAUAGAGACCAUGAGGCAGCUGAAGGCCACGCUGGACCCCCGAGGCCUCAUGAACCCAGGCAAGGUGCUGUGAGAGGCUCUGGAUACUCAGAAGACCCGGACUAUGGUGCCCCUCUUCUGGAACUUUCCUUUAUGCCACUAGCCCUUCGAGAUGCUGUGUUCACAUGCCAGCUAGCUCUCUAAAUCUGGGGUCCAUGGCCAGAAGGCUGGAAGAGAACUCUGGGUGCUGGGCUCCUCCCUGGCCCCCCUUGCUACUCCAGGGAACCUUUCAUCCAGUAAAUGAUCCAGGCCGGUUCUGGUAAAGCUGCCUCUUCUCUGCUCUCUUACACAUCCUGUCCUGGCUGGGAGAAAGGGUGUGGGUCCACCUCAAGACUCAGAUGACACCCCUCCUUUGAUGCCUCCCCACUGCUGAGGGCCCAGGACCCUUCCCCCCCACCUGUGACCGGAGUGCUCCUUUCCUUAUGUGGGAAAGGACGUCCACUCCCUGUUAACAGCUCUUCUCCUUGGGGCCCUCCAAACAAAUCUGAAACCCACCUGCAGCUGGUGGAGAUCAGCAGGCAGCCCAUCCCUCCAUUCCCGCUCAGAGUUCUGUCCUUUAGCCAGUGAUGCCUUGUUUUGGGCCUGUCCUUUUGACUUGUUGCUGCCUAGGGAGCAAAAGUAGUGCCCACGUUUCCCAAAGAAACCCAGGUCCCUGGGUUGAAACCCUGUCUCAGCUACUCUGUGUGAGAACCUUAGGCCUGGGGACCUGCCGUGGCAGAUGUCAGAAUGACAGGCCCUGCAAUACUGUAAACAUGUUCCUCAAGCAGCCGCUGCCAGUGAUUAAAAGUGGAAGUGAAACUA